GUUGCGCUUGGCAGGAUUCGAGCCCGCGCGUGAAUUUCAAAUGUCAAGAACGAUUGGAAGCAAGAAAGAGUGAUCGUUUGCCUCUGGAUCCAAUCUCUAGGGUUCUUCUAUCGAUCGCCAGGAGCGGGAAUGGCGAACUGGCGCAUGAUUUUGGAGCUAAUGCUGCUGGCGGCGGCUUCCAUGGGUAUCGUCGCAGCGGCGCUAGCGCGCCUCCCGUUCUAUGGCGACGGAUGAUGCCCGCUGCGAUGCUUCCACGUGGGCAAAUCGCAUUUCGAGACGUCACAGGCAGCACUCUCUCUUUCACGCUUCUCCUCACAGGAAGAACAGUGUGCUUCUUCGAUCCAUACGCUUUUUCUAUCUUACCGUGCUCCCUCGGAGUCCUACCUAGGAGAUCGGCGCAUUUUCUUCUCUCUCCUGCAAAUUGCUCCACUGCCACCACUGUCCUGAAUCCUGAUGAUCUGCCACCGCUGAGCACUGUCACGCAGCCCGUAUAUCUUUUUGGGUGGCACCGAUCCUCCUCCAGGAUCGCUUGCUCGUCGUUUCCACCCAUCCAGAGUCAAACGACAGCUUUGUCAAUCGAUGGAGCGAUGGAUCACUCGAUCUGGCUAUUGCUUUCUCUGGGUAUUUACAGCGAGCGCGGAGCUCUUGCAAAUUAAUCAAAUCCUAUCUAAAUGAAUUGCCAGCA